AUGAGCGAACCCCACUCCACCACAAUAGUGCGCGUGCCCGGAUCUUCUGGUGACUCGAGAUUUUACCGUGAGUCCCGAGAUGGAGACGUUAAGAUCAAAACUGAACCUGGGCUUGGAGCGUCAGCGGAUUAUGGAUCGCCACAGACGCGCGAAGAGAAUGGAUCCCAAGAUCAUCGUAGUUUUGGUAGGGGCUAUGAUGACAAGAAAGUCAAAGAGGAAAAUCACCAAGCUGAUCUGGAAGAAAAACAUCAACCCCCUCCUGAGGCCCCUUCGGGGACCACCGCGGAUCGUGCUGCAAAGCAUGAUCUGCCAGAUGGAAAUCCUCCAGUAAAACCUGAAAGAUCUUCAUCCAAAACUACCGCCCAACCAAAGGCGAAGAAACACACUCCUAAGUUGGCCCGUUCAAAGACGAAGACGGCAGAGCCACAUCGAAACAAGCAAGAGAACAAGGCAGAAGUUCAGGAUGUGGAAUUAGAAGGCUGGCAAUUGAAACAGAACACCUGGGAAUUCUAUUGGCAACAACUGAAGAAAAUUCUUGCAGAAGACCUAGUCCUAAAGGUGCUGAAACCUAAGCUGGUCGGAUCGAUCCAAGGUCCAGUAUUGCCACCGAAAGUGACCUCGAAUCAGUUGGAGACAUUGCAUCGGCUUAUUCCGCUGCUAAGAGACGCUGGAUUUACAGCUGGAGCUUUCGACGCACAAACGCUCUUAAAAUUUAAUCACGAUCGGGUGAUCAAAGCAGGACAUCGACUAUGCGAAAAGCUAACUCCACUGACAGGGUCUCACAACCCUAUGAGCCAACGGAUCGAGGGAGAAAAAGGACAUUUGAGCCAGCGAAUCAAGAGUGAAGAAGGACACCUGAGCCUAAGGAGAGAGUCAACCAACCGCAUCGUGAAAGAGGAAUACACGGGAUCGUCAUGCUAUGCUUCGGCAGAAUCAGAUAUGGACUCAGAAGAGUCGUUUGGGAUGCAGCGGAUGUCUCUGGGACCGACAGGGGCAGCAAUGCUUAAAUACAGGCUCGACCCGGCAAACAACGGAAUACGAUCGACUCAAAUUCCGGCUUUGCAGAAUGCAAACAAGGUGGAGCCAAGCCAGUUGCAAACUUAUUUAAGGCCGCCAUGGACAAAUUCAUUCGCGAUCGCGAAGAACAAGGAGCUAACUACCCGAUCGUCCCAGACGUCGAAAUGGAGUCAGUAG